AUGUCAAGCCGAGCCGGCUUCUGGCAGCAGCCAAAGGUGGCCGACGAGCCGAAAAAGGUGCAGCGCAACGAGUCGGCUGUUAGUAAACAGUUUCAACCUUCGCGGGAACGAAACGGCAGUACGGAAUGGCUAGAUACACAAAGUCGCACUUCCGCGAACAACCACGGGUUUACUCCGUUUAAAUCCGUGAAAGACGCGAAUGGCAAAGCGGAAAAGGGGAAAGCCGAUCCAUUUGAGUAUACGCCUUCUGCUUUUGCGAAUGGCCAACAUCAAGCUCAUUCUACACCCAAGAUCGGUCGACCCGGAUCAGCCGUCCCACGCGUUCCGACGAUACCUCGGGGUGAGAAGAGCUAUACGUGGGGCAGGAAUGGAAUGCCAGCACCUCAGCACUAUCGUUCUGUCUCCGCUAUGGGACAUCCAAACAUGGGCACCUUGCAGAGGGCCCCGUCAAGGACAUCCGACGUUCCAGUUCAUACACUGGGCUCUCGCUACCAAUCCUACACAACCCUUCCCCGCCCUGAGCCAAUGGAUGCGUACCGUCUAGAGGAGCAACCGUACUAUGCGCAACAACAUUAUUACCCCGGACCGCAGCCAAAAAUGAUAAUCUCCCGCCCACCAUCAGCCCUCCCGAUGGGAAGUGAGUACGGCCCGAUGAUGGCCCCUCCCCAUAUGCCCCCACCGCCACAAUCCUAUCUACCUACCGUAAGCGGAUCUCAGACCAACCCAAAUGCGUCAAUUGUCAUGCGCCGGGAAGAAAUUGUCGCCUGGAAUACCCUGUGGCUUUUCUGUUCUUUGAAGGUCGUAUUCGCAUUGGCCAUUUUUGCCGCCGGAGCCUACCGUAUGCUUGUACAUGCGAAGUGGGCAUAUGGUGUCGAGUUUGUGUACGCAUUCUCGGUGUUUAUUGCAGGCUUGAUUGGUAUCGGCUCUGUCCGUAACAAGUCGUACUGCGCCGCCACGUUCGCCUACAUUCUGGCCGGGCUGAACUUCUUUGCGUCGCUUGUCCCGUUCACGCUUGGUGUCCUCCCAUUCCUGAGCUAUUUCUUCCCGGACGUCGCGCAACAAGUGCCGGUGACGAAAAACGAGCCCUGGGAGGUGGAUUGUGGGUUGGCGCUGGCUGUCGCGACAUGUGGUCUUAUCUCGUUCCUAAUGGUUCUAUUUGGAUGCAAAGCGCUUGGAAAUACCUGCCGUGGUGUGGAGCAAUUGAGGAUCCGCUCCGAUUUGGAUACGUCAUUUGGUGCUGAACCACUCCCCGUCAAACAA